CAAUCUGAGCAGCAGUCGCCCCAAAACCCCAACCCCAUCUUCUGUCAAAACCCCUCUGGUUCACACUUGCACUCCACUUGCAUAAGCAACUCAUCUCUCAGUGGGGUCAUAUCGCCCACGUCCAAAAUAUCAUACCCGUUUUCCGGAACUACUUGGCUGGCCUCGAAAUUAUCGUACCUUGCUUUUCUGGAGGAAGAUCGUAUGCAUGUGGUCAGUAGCGAGGAGCCUGCGACCCAACCUCCAUCUCAUGUUACGCCCUAUAUAUAACAUCCAUUCCUCCACCACCUCCGCUUGCCCCCCUCCCUCUCUUGUUCCCUCUCCAACUCCACUUCUUCUCAAGCACAGUAUCCAGUCGGGCCCAGACCUCUCUGUCUUUCUUUCUCUUUCUUCCAUCUGUCACCCGAGCUUCCUCUCGCAGGCUGUGUGUGUUUACCCUCUCUCUCCACCUGGCAACGGGGCUGCAUGCUCAGGAUUACCAGAGGCCUUGUCUUUCAUCGCCACCCGCUCCCUCUUCCUCCUGCUGCUGACUCCUGGACUACGGUAGCCACGGGUGCGAGGUGAGAGGAGCUCGCCUUGUGAUUUUUGGCUUCCCCCAAAAAAACUCACGUGUGCGCUCUGCGUGCAGGCAGAGAAGACGUUUUCGGAGAAAGACCAGGAGUUGUGGAUAAGGGGAAAUGGAUCACUCUCUGUUUGGAUGUCUGCGGAGCCCUCACGCCCCGGCCCAAGCCCUGCACCCGGCGUUCACACAGUCCUCGCUGGCUUUGCACGGUCGAUCGGAUCACGUCUCCUACCCUGACCUGCCGGGACCUUCGCCGCCCUGCAGCUACACAGGGGACGAGGCCAGCUUUGGAGGACCACACCAUAGAGUUCACCCCGCUCAGCAGCAUCCACAUCACUCACAGCAUCAACCUACAUGGCACGUACCGCAAAUGCCAUCAAUCGGUGGCGAACGUCACGGCCUCUGUCUGUUGCACGCCGAACCUGCAGCGCCAGACCUGUGUAGCUCUGGGGGAACAGGUUCCCAGGGUUUGUGCGCGGGUAACCCAACGCUAGCUGAUAGUGACCCCUCUAGGGUGUCAUGUGCGUCAGGCGAAUUUGGGAGACAGACCAUGUCUAGUGUUGAACCAGAGAGACGGAAUAGCAAAGGGAAGAGCGACAGUUCAGAUUCGCAGGAUGGGAGCUACAAGUCAGAUGUGAGCAGUAAACCCAGGAAGGAGCGUACGGCGUUCACCAAAGAACAGAUUCGAGAACUUGAAUCCGAGUUCGCCCACCACAACUAUCUGACACGGCUCAGGCGCUACGAAAUCGCUGUCAACCUUGACCUCACGGAGAGACAAGUAAAGGUGUGGUUCCAGAACAGAAGAAUGAAAUGGAAACGUGUGAAGGGUGGACAGCAAGGUGCCGCCGCACGGGAGAAAGAACUCGUGAAUGUAAAGAAAGGAACGCUCUUACCCUCAGAGUUUUCACCUUUAGUGGGGCUUCACCAUCCCCUCGGCUCUCCAAGCAAUGAGGAAGACAGUCAUGAAAGUGACCAGAGCUCUGAUCAUGCACAUUUAUGAUGCCCGGGGUGCACCCACUCAUAGCCUGCCAAUUUCCUCAGGAAUCAACAUCAACAUGUCAGCACUCAAAAACCCAUUAAUAACUUUUACCGGGCCGUGAUUUCUUAUUGUGCUAUUUUAUUCGGAGUGGUUAGGGUUUGUUCCCAGUCUGUGUAACAGAUGCUGGAGGGUUCCCAAGAACCCCGAGCUGAGACCUAACAAAAGGGAUUUAAAGGUGAGGUGGUCGCACUUUUCAAUUUUCCGAAAACUGGAGGGUUAAAUGGAAACUAUGCAUUUUUGCUCAUGUGUGACAUGAAUUUUGAAAUUUGUAAAUAAAUGUUAGUUCGAAUGUUUUACACAUUCCACAUGAGUGCCUUAAAGAGGAUUUUUGCACUGUUUUAUUUUUUGGCAUAACUGAUUUCUACUGUAUUUAUACAGAUCACUGAUUACCGAGCACAAAUACAUCAUCUGUAAUAGCACAGACAAUGUAUUAAGUGUUCAUUUAUUUAAAAGAAAAAAACAAACAACCACAAUAAAUGACAAAUUGUAGCACACGUGUUUACUUGAAGGGAUAAUUUACCCUAAAAUCAUUUACUCAAUCUCAAUUUUUUGCAAACCUGUAUACAUUUCUGGUCUUGCUUAACACAAAGGAAGAUAUUUUGAGCAAUGUUUGUAAAGAAACUUUAGAGCACCAUUGACUUCUAUAGUAGUUUUUCCAACUAUGGAAGUCAAUGGUGAUCCGCCUUCUGCUUGAUUACAAAUAUUUUGCUUUGUGUUCGGUAGAACCAAAAAAUUUUUACAGGUUUGUAACAAAUUAAAGGUGAGUAAAUAAUGACAGAAUUUUCAGUUUUGGGUGAACAUUACCUUUAAUUUCAAACAAAAGUUUUUUUGUAAAUAGUGACAAACAUCGUUUUUGUACAUUUUUACAACAUGCUGUUUAUCUGCUCUGAACAGAUAUUUCUUUAAGUCAAACGAAUGGGUUGAAAUAUUGUAUGUAAGGUUUUGAUAAACACUUUAUUUGCAGGGGGAGAUACAGUGCCUUAUAUUAAUGUCAUCUUUCAUUUGCCAUGUUUAAUGUGUACCAAAGGACUGCAAAUAAUUGUAUGAAUGAUCACUGAGGCGUUUAGAGUUGUAAAAGCGCUCUAUAUAUCUGUUCAUAUGUAAUUACUCAUGUAUUACACUGUAAUACUAUAGUAAUUGCAAAAUAGUGUCCUAUUUGUGACCCUGGACCACAAAACCAGUAAUAGGGUCGAUUUUUUUGAAAUUGCGAUUUAUACAUCAUCUGAAAUUUGAAUAAAUAAGCUUUACAAGGAUUUAUGAGUUUUUAGGAAAUCUGGAAUCUGGGAGUACAAAAAAAAUCAAAAUACUGAGAAAAUCGACCUGAAAGUUGUUCAAAUUAAGUCCUUAGCAACACAUAUUACCAAUGAUAAAUACAUUUUUGAUAUAUUAACGGUAGAAAAUUUACAAAUUUAUUCAUGAAACAUGAUCUUUACUUAACUCUUUCCCCGCCAUUGAUGAGUUAUCUCGUCAAUAAAGAGAAAACAUUUACAUAAAAAAAAAACAUGUUACUGAUAAAUUUUUAUGUUAAUCUGCAAUACCACGAUUAUCCACUUGAUCCACUUACCCAAUUUAUGAAAAAACUGAAGCCCAAAGGUUAUUUACUAAUUUUAAACUCUAUUUAUGUUUUGAUAAUUGUUCUGAAUCUGAUUUCUAACAAAAUUCUUUAUUAAUUCAGCCUUUUGCUAAACAUAUUAUUUUAAAAGGUAUUUUACAAAUACCCAUAUUAAAGAGUUUAUAAGUAGAGAAAAAAAAUAGAUAGGAUGAAAAGUUUGUCUGUUUGUUUAUUUUUUGUUUGAAAGCAGAGAGUCUGUUCUUUCAUUUUAUAUUUUUGUAUGUUUGUAUAUUUUUAAAAGAAAAUUUUCCUGGAAGGCAUUUUGUGAAACUUUUGUGCUGGCGGCGAAUGAUUUGAUAUCCUAAUGAUUUUUGGAAUGAAAGAAAAAUCUAAUAAUACUUGUUACAAAUAUACCAGUGUGCCUUAUGACUGAUUUUGUGGUCCAGGGUCACAUUUGUGAGUGCAACACGGCAGACUUUAUUUCUAUAUGACAUUUUGAUCUGUUUCAGUUUAUGGUAUAGUUCAUAUUAUGUUACCUUGUAAAUAAAUGUUCGACAUUGCAGUUCUAACUUUUCAUGACAAACUUGCUUAAUAAAUUGCACAACAAGAUUGUA